AUGGCUUCAGAUGGCCUUGCCUCACCACGUCUACCUGGACAUGAUGGGUUACCAUUGUCCCCUGCGAGCGCCUCUUUUCCGGGCCGAUCAUCAAAUCCGCUGUCGUCCAAGGUGACAUCUGUUUUAUCUACCUCGUAUGCUGAUGCUGAGUUCCGCGAGUCUCUGGCCUUGCUGGAUGAGCGUGGUAUCAGCAACACCGCUGAUACCCGGAGACAGUUGCGGUUAGACGUCCAGAAAGAGGUCAUUGAUAGUAAUGGGAAGAUAAUCAUUGAGUUCGGUCGGGUAGCCGAGCAAUUAAGGAGGAUCGGUACGACUAUUAAUAAGCUCAACAAGAAUUACCAAGAGAUGAGAGGCCAUGCUACAGCGGCUCAUGAAUCGACUUCUUCUAUGCUCGAGGAAGCAUCUUCUCUCAUGACCCAGAGAAAGAAUAUAGAGACGAAGCAGCAGGUCCUAAAGGCUUUCCGCGAGCAUUUCCUUUUAUCGGAGGAUGAGAUUGCCUCUUUAACCUUAACGGCUGAGCCUGUCGACGACCGCUUCUUUGCCGUCCUAGCCAAGGCAAAGCGCAUCAGGAAAGACUGCGAAUUCCUGCUUGGUUUCGAGAGUCAGACCCUAGGCCUAGAGAUCAUGGACCAGACUUCUAAGAACUUGAACUUGGCCAUGCAGAAGCUAUACCGCUGGGUCCAGAAAGAGUUUAAGACGCUCAACCUCGAGAAUCCUCAGAUCAACUCGUCCGUGCGCCGCGCCAUCCGCGUGCUUGCCGAGAGGCCCUCUCUCUUCCAGAGUUGUCUGGAUUUCUUCGCUGAGGCUAGGGAGCAGAUUCUAUCUGAUUCUUUCUACCUCGCCCUGACAGGUACAUCCGCAGCCGGUACCAAGGAUAACUCCGUAAAGCCAAUCGAGCUUGUAGCUCACGAUCCGCUACGGUAUGCAGGCGACAUGCUGGCGUGGACGCAUUCUGCCGCCGUUAGCGAACGCGAAGCCCUUGAGAUCCUGUUUAUAUCCGAUGGUAACGAGAUUGCCAAGGGCAUCCAAGAGGGUCGGGAAAACGAACGAUGGAUGCUGAUGGACGACGAGGCAGACGGCCCUCCGGAAUUCGACGCCGUCAAGGCCCUAAACGAGCUAGUCGACCGGGAUGUCUCUGGUGCAGCACGUAUAUUAAGGCAACGAGUUGAGCAGGUCAUCCAGACCAAUGAGGAGACCAUCCUAGCAUACAAGUUAGCCAACCUCCUCAGUUUCUACCGCGUGACAUUUUCCAAGCUUCUCGGCGAGGACUCGGUCCUGCUUCAGUCAAUGAGCAACUUGGAAUCCGAAGCGCUACGGCAAUUCCGCUCUCUAAUGCGCGAUCACAUCACCACCCUCGAGGGCGAAUUCCAGCACACGCCGUCCGACCUUGGACCACCCGAACCUCACUAG